AUGGCGGACUACCGCGGCUUUUCAUUGGGGCGUUUCCGCCGCGUCAGCGAGGACCGGCUCCGGGAGCAGGUCUCCGAGGAGCUGGCGGAGUACGAGGCACCAGAGGCACCGGACACUGAGGCAGAGAGCCAGGCCAAGAGCGAGGCCAAGUCGGAAGGCGCCGAAGUGGUGCUCUCCUACAACUUCGGCAUUCCGCUCAUCGUGGUGGUGACGCGCUCCGACACCUCCAAUGCCCUGGAGUCGCCAAAGACGCUGGGCUGGAGCGAGACCAUCGAGGCCUACCUGCGCAACGAGUGCUUGCCCUUUGGUGCCGCGAUUGUGUACACCGCAGCUGGGAGCCCCAAGUUUCAGCCCCGAGGGCGUUUUCUGCGCUGA